AUGGAACUCCCCACACUUUUUGUGUUCCCUCCUCCAAUAUCCUGUGGGGAGAGGUUCCCCCCCCAUUUUCCUCCUGUAAUGCUUCUUCCUUCUCCUGUUGUUUCUUCUUCUCUAGACUUAAUUGUUAUUUCUUUUCAUACAUCUCUCUCUCUCUCUCUCCCCUUCUCCAGCACCGUUUUCCCCACCUGGCAUAUCUCUCUCUCUCUCUCUUUCGCCUCCCCUUCCGUUCCAGGCACACGUCUCUCUCUCACACCACCUUCCAAGCUCUCUCUCCUCCCCUUUCCGUUCACUCUCUCUCUCUCUCUCCCUCUCUCUCUCCCCUCCCCUUUCUCAGCACCUCUCUCUCUCCUCCCCUUUCGUUCAGGCACACGUCCCUCUCUCCUCCCCUUCCUUCUCUCUCUCUCUCUCUCUCCUCCCCUUUCCGUUCCAACCCCACUCCCUCUCCCACUUCCUGUCCUCUCUCUCUCUCUCCCCUUUCCGUUCAGGCACGUGUGUCUCUCUCUCUCUCUCCUCCCCUUUCCCGUUCCAGGCACAUCUCUCUCUCUCUCUCUCCCCCUUUCCGUUCUCUCUCUCUCCUCCCCUUUCCGUUCCAGGCACGUCUCUCUCUCUCUCUCUUUCCAGGCCUCCCCUCUUCUCUCUCUCCCCUUUCCGUUCCAGGCACACGUCUCUCUCUCUCUCUCUCUCUCUCCUUUCCGUUCCAGGCACCGUCUCUCUCUCUCUCUCCCCUCCCCCUUCCAGGCACCGUCUCUCUCUCUCUCCUCCUUUCCGUUCCAGGCACGUCUCUCUCUCUCUCCUCUCCUUUCCGUUCCAGGCACCGUCUCUCUCUCUCUCUCUCUCUCCCUCCCCUUUCUCUCUCUCUCCCCUUUCCGUUCCAGGCUCUCUCUCUCUCUCUCCUCCCCUUUUCCGUUCCAGGCACGUCUCUCUCUCUCUCUCCUCCCCUUUUCUUCCAGGCCUCUCUCUUCUCUCUCUCUCCUCCCCUUUCCGUUCCAGGCACACGUCUCUCUCUCUCUCUCUCCUCCCCUUUCCGUUCCAGGCACACGUCUCUCUCUCUCUCUCUCCUCCCCUAACCCCUCUAUCUCUCUCUCUCUCCCCCCUUUCCAUUCCAGGCACACUCUUCUUUCUCAAUUCUCCUUUUCCAACACAUAUUUCCUCUCUCUCUCUCCUCCCCUUUCAGCACUCCUUCCAAUUUAUCCCAAUUUUGUUGUAUUCCACUUCCAUUCCAGGCAUUUCUCUCCUCCCCUUUCCAUUCAGGCACCGUCUCUCUCUCUCUCAAACACAUUUCUUUCUUUUCGCACUCCCUCUCUCUCUCUCUCUCUCUCUCUGUCCUUUCUUUUCCCUCCUCUCUCUCUCUGUCCUUUCUUUUCCCUCCUCUCUCUCUCUGUCCUUUCUUUUCCCCUCCUCUCUCUCUGUCCUUUCUUUUCCCUCCUCUCUCCUGUCCUUUCCCUUUCCUCUCUCUCUCUGUCCUUUCUUUUCCCUCCUCUCUCUCUCUGUCCUUUCUUUUCCUCCUCUCUCUGUCCUUUCUCCUCUGUCCUUUCUUUUCCCUCCUCUCUCUCUCUGUCCUUUCUUUCUCUCUCUCUCUCUCUCUCUGUCCUUUCUUUUCCCUCCUCUCUCUCUCUGUCCUUUCUUUUCCCUCCUCUCUCUCUCUGUCCUUUCUUUUCCCUCCUCUCUCUCUCUGUCCUUUCUUUUCCCUCCUCUCUCUCUGUCCUUUCUUUUCCCUCCUUUCUCUCUGUCCUUUCUUUUCCCUCCUUUCUCUCUGUCCUUUCUUUUCCCUCCUUUCUCUCUGUCCUUUCUUUUCCCUCCUUUCUCUCUGUCCUUUCUUUUCCUCCUUUCUCUCUGUCCUUUGUUUUCCCUCCUUUCUCUCUCCUUUCUUUUCCCUGUCCUUUCUUUUCCCUCCUUUCUCUCUGUCCUUUCUUUUCCCUCCUUUCUCUCUGUCCAUUCUUUUCCCCCCUCUUUCUCUCUGUCCUUUCUUUUCCCCCUUUCUCUCUCUCUGUCCCUCCUUUCUCUCUCUCUGUCCCUUUUCUUCUCUCCUGUCCCUCCUUUCUCUCUCUCUGUCCCUCCUCUCUCUCUCUCUCUCUGUCCCUCCUCUCUCUCUCUGUCCUUCCUCUCUCUCUCUCUCUCUGUCUCUCCUCUCUCUGUCUCUCCUCUCUCUCUCUGUCCAUUCUUCCCCCCCUCUCUCUCUGUCCAUUCUUCCCCCCCCUCUCUGUCCUUUUCCCCCCUCUCUCUGUCCUUUCUUCCCCCCCCUCUCUUUGUCCUCCAAGUCAGAGAGCCCCUGUUACAACUAUAAUGAAUGAGAAAGAAAGGGAUAAAUCUCCACUCCUGUGUGAAUUUUAG